AUCUGUGUGUGUGUGUGUGUGUGUGUGUGUGGGUGUAUGGGUGUGUAUGAGAAAGAGAGGGAGACAGAGAGGCAUUACAACCAGGCAAGUGUCCCAUUGGGAAACAGGUCAUAGAAUAACAAAAUCCUUAUAAAAGGUUCUGAUUUAUAAUUCCCCCUCUUCUACUCCAGAUUCCAACUUGGAUGUUUAAGCAAACCACAAGUAUUGUUGCAGCUAUUUAAUUAGACUAAAAUUUUAAACAAAGGGACAAUGUCCAUAAUUUGUAAUGCCCAGAAGCAACUGCCUAUGAUUUUAUUUAUUUAUAUUUUUUUUUGGAGAAGUGAUGGGGAAAGUUAUUAAUUAUCCUUCAGUUUCCUGGGGAGCAAACAUCACACCUUGCAGAGCUAGUUGGGAGACAAAAGGGCCCCUUUGAGUAAGGGAGUCCCCAAUGCUAUCAGUGAUUAAAAGUACCAAAAACCAGAAAGAUUUGAAAAUGUUAACAGUGGGAUUCAGAUCAUUUUUUAAAAGCAAAAUCAAGUGCAAUUUUGUUUACAAAAUGGUGUAUAUUAAAGAUUUUUUCUAUUUCAGAUGUAAUUUAGAGAGAAAAUAUUAGCUUAAACUCUUUUGAUGUCUGCUGUUGUGACACAUCCCAUUGCUGGCAAUGUGGUGCACAUCUGAGAACUUUUAACUACUGCUCUGAAAGCCUCUAAGUGCUGCAUUGCUAUCUCCUAUGCAAUGCUUUGUCUGCCCUGGCAUUACAGGGAUAAUAGGUGUUCCCUUGGUACUGCAGCAGGUGUAGAGGCACUUCUUCCACUUGAGAGCAUAUGAGUAAACUUCCUGCUGGAGGGUACUGCAAUGUUUCAGAAGAGGACAACUGAUUACAAAGGAAGCAGGUCCUUCCAGCUUAGUUGAAUAUCCCUGUAUGGGGUGUAGGAUACAUUAAGAUAAACUUACUGGUGUUGGUUAAGAAUGUUUAGAGGCGUCACAAGGGGAGUUGCUGAAUUAGAAAUCAUUUUAAGGACUCCAUUUCUGUUCUAACAGUUUUCUCAACUUUUGCCUUCCCAAGUUAUGGAUUUCUGUUCUAAAUACAAAAAGUUCAUGCCACUUUUUAAUAUUAAAAAUCUUAAAGUCAAAACAUUUCUGAUUUUUCUUUUCAAAUUUUCUGUUUUUUUUUUUUAAUGAACUUUCUGUUUCUAAAGUUCUUAUACCCUCUGUUAUGGGGGAAAAUGUUCAUUUCCACAUUUUUUUAUUGCUUUGUAGGCUGGAAAACUUUGUUGGUAAUAGUAUCUAUUUCUUAAAAAAAAAAUGUCUACCAUCCUUUUUGGGUUGUACUUGCUCUUCCAGUUACCAGAAGUUUCACAAAUAGAUCUUUUCAAAUAACAAGGACAUGAAAAGCUGGUUACUUUCACAUGUUAGCCGCCUAAAUAUUUGCCAUCAAAAGGCUGGUAACUGUAAUUGUGAUGCUUCCAUAUUUAUGCCAUAGAAUUGAGAAGCACCAUCUAUGAUGUUCCAAGUUUGGGUUUCAAAUUGUUCAGGACUGGCAAUGAAGUUUAUAUGGUCAAGUCCAUGCCUCAGGGGCUGGUGAUUUUCUUCCCCAGUUGCUGACAAUUUUUCUAGAUUAUUGGAAUUUGAUGACAGCAUGUCAUUUGCAUGAACAUUAUGAUCAGGAACUACUAUCAGACUUUUAGAGUAUGUGGGGGUGAGACAUGGUUCAAUUCCUAGAGCAGUGGCUAAAUGGAUUACGUCACAGGGUAGAGACUACGGUGUAACACUAAAACAUGUCUAUCUACCAGUGGGUCACUAUAGCUGCAGAUCUUUAUCCCUUUCCAGACAUUGACAUGCUCUGAUCAGUUAAUAAUUAACUAAAGAUGUAUAAAACCUUGGUUACAUGUGCAUAUUGCCUGGCACAUAGGCGCUUAAAUAAAUACUUGCUGAAUUGAAUUAAAAAUACAUGUUUCUAGUCUAGAAUUCUUCCUCCACUCUAAACUUUUAAAAACUUAAUAUUUUUAAAUUUGAUUUUCUUCUGGGUGAAUAUUGACCACAUUCAGAUUAUUUUUAGGACUAAGACGUUCAUAGAAACUUCAUUAAAGAGAAUGGAAUUUGGGAGUCAUUAAGUUAGCAUGUGAUACUACAGAUAGAAAUAGAAGUUACAUGUACAUCCCCCAAAGUCCAAAGAGGAAAGCCCUUAAGUAGAAAUUGCUGAUGGACACAAAAAAAUUUGGCAGAAAAUUUUUUCUAUUUUUUAAAAAAGGAAACGAAUUAUUGAAACUCAAUAGAGAAGGUAGAGUUGGAAUCUGCAGCUUGAGUGAGGACCCGAGAAGGGAGAGCGAGGUGUCUCCUUUGAUUUCCAAGAAGGUCCAGUAAUUGAGACCCAAUUGGAGGUGGAUGAGUCUCCCUGCAGCCUCGGGGCCAGUUUUCAUUUAAGAUUACAGGGAUUCUGAGGACAGAGAAGGCCAGCAUCAUUUGCCUUUUUCCAGAUGGGGUCUUUUUGCCGCAGCACCCCUACCCCAAGCUUGCGGUGAUUUCGCUCUGUGCCUUUCUUCUCCCCAAUCCCCCGGAGAAUUUCCCACCAAGUAGAGGUCCACGUUUCGACUUCAACGAAUCCACGUGCUCCCAUGGGAAAUGAUGGAACAUUACACUUAUUUGAAUUGUAAACUGUUACUUUAUGAUUAUUUCCUUCAAUUUUCUUUAAAAAGCUACUCUUCUCAGAAGGGGGUUUAUGGGCUUUACCAGAUUGACGAGUUUAUGACUCAAUGGGUCAAGAAGCUCCCGAUUACAGGGUUGCGUCGGAGCAAGUGGGAGGUGACUGUGAUUCCAAGUUUAGGAGGCGGACAGUCUGGCGGAAGGGGUGGGGCCUCAAAAGCGGAAGGGGCGUGAUAUCUCCAUCGGAGCAGGAAGUUUGUAGCUGUGGUCGCCGCCUCCACCUCUAUCCAGGCCGCCAAGGCUGGGGGUUAGUUCCCCCUGCCGCAGACCCCUCUUUCGCUGCUUUCCACUGGGCCGCUGCGACGCGGCUGUUUCAGCCGCCAUGCAUGACGCUUUCGAGCCUGUGCCGAUCCUGGAGAAGCUGCCGCUGCAGAUCGACUGUCUGGCGGCCUGGGAGGAAUGGCUUCUUGUGGGAACCAAGCAAGGUCAUCUCCUUCUCUAUAGAAUUCGGAAGGAUAUUGGUUGCAAUAGAUUUGAAGUGACUCUAGAAAAAUCCAACAAGAACUUCUCCAAAAAGAUUCAACAGAUCCACGUGGUUUCCCAGUUUAAGAUUCUGGUCAGUUUGUUAGAAAAUAAUAUUUAUGUUCAUGACCUGUUGACAUUUCAACAAAUUACUACUGUUUCAAAAGCAAAAGGGGCAUCUCUGUUUACCUGUGACCUCCAGCACACUGAAACAGGGGAGGAGGUGCUUCGGAUGUGUGUGGCUGUGAAGAAGAAACUCCAGCUCUAUUUCUGGAAGGAUAGAGAGUUUCACGAACUGCAGGGGGACUUUAGUGUACCAGAUGUACCCAAGUCCAUGGCAUGGUGUAAAAAUUCCAUUUGCGUGGGAUUCAAGAGAGACUACUAUCUAAUAAGGGUCGAUGGAAAAGGGUCCACCAAAGAGCUCUUUCCAACAGGAAAACAACUGGAGCCUUUGGUGGCACCCCUGGCAGAUGGAAAAGUAGCUGUUGGUCAAGAUGAUCUCACUGUGGUGCUGAAUGAGGAGGGCAACUGUACUCAGAAGUGUGCCCUGAAUUGGACAGAUAUACCAAUUUCCAUGGAGCACCAACCUCCAUAUAUCAUCGCGGUGUUGCCUCGAUAUGUGGAGAUCCGAACGUUUGAGCCUCGGCUGCUGGUGCAGAGCAUUGAGUUACAGAGACCCCGCUUCAUUACCUCAGGAGGUUCAGACAUCGUCUACGUGGCCAGCAACCAUUUCGUCUGGCGGCUCAUCCCUGUCUCUAUAGCGACCCAAAUCCAGCAGCUUCUCCAGGACAAGCAGUUUGAACUGGCCCUGCAGCUGGCGGAAAUGAAAGAUGAUUCUGACAGUGAGAAGCGACAGCAGAUCCAUCACAUUAAGAACCUGUUUGCUUUUAACCUCUUCUGUCAGAAACGUUUCGAUGAGUCCAUGCAAGUCUUUGCAAAACUUGGCACAGAUCCUACCCAUGUGAUGGGUUUGUAUCCUGAUCUGCUGCCCACUGAAUACAGGAAGCAGCUACAAUAUCCCAACCCGUUACCAGUACUCUCUGGGGCUGAACUGGAGAAGGCUCAUUUGGCUCUAAUUGAUUAUCUGACUCAGAAAAGAAACCAGCUGGUGAAGAAGCUCAAUGACUCUGACCAUCAGUCGAGCACCUCCCCCCUAAUGGAAGGUACCCCCACAAUCAAGUCCAAAAAAAAGCUUCUGCAGAUCAUAGACACCACCCUGCUCAAGUGCUACCUCCAGACAAAUGUGGCCUUGGUGGCUCCUUUGCUGCGUCUGGAGAACAAUCAUUGCCACAUUGAAGAAAGUGAACAUGUGUUGAAGAAGGCUCAUAAGUACAGUGAACUGAUCAUCCUCUAUGAGAAGAAGGGGCUUCAUGAGAAAGCUUUGCAGGUGCUGGUGGACCAGUCUAAGAAAGCCAACUCCCCUCUGAAAGGCCAUGAGAGAACAGUGCAAUAUCUUCAGCAUCUGGGCACAGAGAACUUGCAUUUGGUGUUUUCCUAUUCUAUCUGGGUGCUGAGGGACUUCCCAGAAGAUGGGCUAAAAAUAUUUACUGAAGAUCUCCCCGAAGUGGAGGCUCUACCACGAGACCGUGUGCUGAACUUCUUAAUAGAAAACUUUAAGGGCUUGGCUAUUCCCUAUUUGGAACACAUUAUCCAUACCUGGGAAGAGACAGGUUCUGAGUUCCACAACUGCCUUAUCCGGCUGUACUGUGAGAAGGUCCAAGGACUGAUGAAGGAAUACCUCAGCUCUUUCCCUACAGAGCCUCAUUUUCCCCUAGAUAAGACUCCAGUUCCUGCUGGUAACGAGGAGGGGGAGCUGGGAGAAUACCGGCAGAAGCUUCUAAUGUUCUUGGAGAUCUCCAGCUGCUAUGACCCAAGCCAGCUCAUCUGCGACUUCCCUUUUGAUGGUCUCCUAGAGGAAAGAGCUCUCCUUUUGGGGCGAAUGGGUAAACACGAACAAGCCCUCUUCAUUUAUGUCCACAUUCUGAAGGAUACAAGGAUGGCUGAAGAGUACUGCCAUAAACACUAUGACCGAAACAAAGAUGGCAACAAAGAUGUAUAUCUUUCCCUGCUUCGAAUGUAUCUGUCCCCACCAAGUGUUCACUGCUUGGGACCAAUCAAGAUGGAGCUGCUGGAGCCCCAAGCUAAUCUCCAGGCUGCUCUGCAGGUUCUGGAAUUACAUCACAGCAAACUAGACACUACCAAGGCCAUCAAUCUUCUUCCAGCAAACACUCAAAUUAAUGAGAUACGCAUCUUUCUGGAAAAGGUCCUGGAAGAAAAUGCACAAAAGAAACGUUUCAAUCAAGUCCUCAAAAAUCUUCUUCAGGCAGAGUUCUUAAGGGUCCAGGAGGAACGCAUUUUCCACCAGCAAGUAAAGUGUAUCAUCACAGAGGAGAAGUUGUGCAUGGUGUGUAAGAAGAAGAUAGGGAAUAGCGCAUUUGCCAGGUACCCUAAUGGAGUGGUUGUACACUACUUCUGUUCCAAAGAGGUCAACCCAACUGACACCUGAAUUGGAGCCACACAUAAGGUCGGUGGACUAUGAUUCCUACAUUUCCCAGAAGAGUGGAAGGAAUGGAAGCUCCUUAGGAAAUGAAGAUGCCUCCAGGAGGAGUCUUCUCAUUUGGACACUACUUGGAACUUUACAGCCUGGAGCAGCAUCUCUGGACUAACUCUACUCACAACCCCUACAAUGUUGGCUUUUUAAGAGGAAAAAAAAUGACUCAUAUGGUUAAGUUGCUGGCAACUUCACAGAAUCUCUUUGAUACUUAGGAUGUGAGGUAGAUGCAUCUUUUAGUGUUUGCAUUGCUAUGCACUAAGAAAACUUGUUUUCAGCAUUUGUAACUAAAGGGGAAUUUUUCCAUUAAGAACCUUUUUUGUAAAGGUAAAUGCAUGUCUUCACAAAGACUUGGAGGCCAGAAUAACUGGAAAGUCCAAUAAGAAGAGAAAAUUCUAAAGAGCUGCACCAUUUUCGUAGGCAGAACAGCUAGCUUUCUAUUUAAGGAUGCUUGUUUGUUUUCUCUCGGUCACUCCCAAGACAUUUCUCUCUCUCUCCCCUUUAUUUUUCUCUCACUUGCAUUUGAUUACUUUUUUCUCAUGUUUUUCCCAUAAUUCCUGAGGUCAGGAAUGACUACUAUUUGGCAAGUGUUAUGUUUGACUUGCAAGGUGUUAAUUCUCCAGAAUUUUUGUAUCAGCUCUGCAAGUGUUAGGGGAUGUGGUGGAAAAUGUAAAUAUGUCCUAUUUGCAUUGCACAAUCAAACACUCCUCCCUUCAAGAAGGGGAGAACAGGAGGGCAUCAUUACUUUCCUAGAAAAGGCAUCCUACACCCACCCUCUGUCCAAUGGAGAAUGUAGGUACUGCUGAGUUGUGACAUCAUAAAGACUGAAUGAGCAUCUGAACUCUUGGUGUGAGAUCAUAUUCACAGACCCCUGCAGUGUUGGCUACUUCUAACUCAUUCACCAGUAGCAAAGUUUAAAUUAGUUUAAUAUUUAUAGAUGAUGCUAGACCUUGUUUCAGGCACCUCCCUGCUACUGGCUAGUACCUGAUUGCAUGCUGUGCAGAAUAAGCCUGAUUCUCAGUCUGCUGAUUUGUUUUGAGGGAGCAGGUGAAUUGGAUUGUAAUUUUGUUGGUGUUUGGGUCUCUGAGAUAUUUAAAGAAAUGAACCAGUUGAAAGCUAUAGUAUAGAGAUCUCAAGUACAUUUGUGAUCAUAUUUAGGGAGGGAGGGAAGAAAAAAGGCAGUAUCAGCAAAUGCGCUUUUAAAGUACAUCCUUCCCUUUCUCUCUUCCUACUCCCCUCUCCCUCUCUUCCUCCCCAAGGUUCUCUAAAGCACUCUCUAGGUUGUACUCUUGAUAUCCAUAGGAUUUUUUGUGGUUCCAUAGAGUAGAAUUUGCAGCACUCCUCAUUUAAAAAAAUUAGGACCUACUAUCUCUUCAGUCCCAAUAGACGUCCAAGGACAUGAAGGACAAAAAAUCCUUUAUUGUGACCUUAAUGGAAAUGCUGUACACUUGAUCACUUCAGUUUUGUCUCCUUGAUACCUUUAGUGCGUCCUUGGAAGUAGGACUAUGAUGGGGUAGUGGAUUCCUUCCUCCUCAUUGGCCAUAGUAGCCAACUCCAUUUCCUUUUCUGAUACAGUGACUUGACAUUAUUUUCAUUUGGCGAUUUGGCAUCUUUUCUCCUGUGCUGUUAGCAUUACUUUCAGGUGGUGGGGUUUUAUAAACUCUUCCUGAGGGGGACUAGUAGUGGACUAAAGGGAUCCCAGUCCUCCACAAGAAUCUGUGUAUGCUGUCUGAAGAUAUGUUAUUAGACUCCAACUCAGCUAUAAUAUUUUGGCUAACUUGAGAGUGGUCUGGAGCUGUUUGGGAAUAGGUCAGUGAGAAUGAGGAGUCUCUUGGGAGAGCCCUGAACCAAGUAAUUAGGAAGAGACAGGACCAGUUACCAGUUUGUCCACAUGCACAUAACAGUGCAGAAGUGUCCUAGGACCCAGUUACCAAGAAGGUAGUUUUAUGUUGGAUGAAGGGCUUUUCCUCAAAUUUCCUGAUGAAGCCUUCCUAGAGGUAUAACUCAUGCUGCACUAGCCCAAUACCUUCUGUCUCUGGUUUUUUUUUACUGUGAGCCAGAUUUGUUCAAAGCAAUAGAAUAAAGAUUAUGUGUGGUCCUACAUGUAACAAGCUGCUGCUUUGUCAACUCCAUCCCUCUUCCUUUACCUCUUUGGGCCAUAGCCCUAUCUAGCAGCUACAUUUGACAGAAGUCUAUUCAGUACAACGUUUGGCUUGCCAUAUUUAAUCUUAGUUGUAUGUGAAAUUAUCACAACUACUAAGUGAAGUGUGGGAAAUCACAGCUUGAUGGGGUGAGCUGGUGAUGAUCUCUUGUUCCCUUCAAUAAUAAUAAUAAUAAAAUUUAAUGAACCUU